AUGCAGCUCAUCAACAUCCUCACUGUCGCGCUCCUGCCUCUCAGCGUCCUGGCUCUGCCCAGUGCCGUGGAAGCAGUCGCCGCCCGCGACGUCGAAGAGUACGCCGUCCCCAUCCCCGUCGACGAAAUUGAGGCCGACGGAAUCGAGGAACGCGACAACAAUCCCAAGAAGAUCUUUGCCCGAGCCCAGAACUGCCGCGUCACCGGCUCCGGCACUGUCAACUGCCGUGCUUGUGCAGACACUGCCUGCCAGGUCACCCACUACGUCUAUGGAGGCAGCCUCUACAACUGGCGCUGCGCUAUCACCGGCGAAAGAGUCGUCAUCGGAGGCGUCGGGGACAGUGUGUGGUACAGGGAGUAUAGCACGGGUUGCUUCACCAGCGGCCACUACCUCCCUUCCAGCUGCCGACCCGGAAGUUGUGAAGAAUCAUAG